AUGUCCUCCCUCCCUCCCGCCCAGCUGCCCGAGACCUGGGCCCUUGCCAAAGCCGCGCCCGCCGACGCCAAACUCCAUCUCUACACCGUCGGCACGCCCAACGGGUACAAACCUUCCAUCCUGCUCGAAGAGCUUGCUAGAGCGUACCCGGGCAACAAGGAGCUUGUGUAUGAUUUCCACGCGCUGAGGUUUGCAGAGACGGACCAGAAGAAGCCUGGAUUUUUGGAGAUCAACCCGAACGGCAGGAUCCCGGCGCUGGUGGAUGAUAAUGUCAAAGUUGGAGGGGAGGGGCACAAGGUGUUUGAGAGUGCCAGUAUUUUGUUGUGGUUGGUGGAGAGGUAUGAUAAGGAGUACAAGUUUAGUUUUGAGGAUCCGGUGGAGAGGAGUCGGGUGUUGAGCUGGAUCUUUUUUGCGCAUGGGGGUGUUGGACCCAUGCAAGGACAGGCGAACCAUUUCUUCCGCUACGCCCCCGAAAAGAUUCCCUACGGUAUCAAGCGAUACCAAGAAGAGACUGCGCGCCUCUACUCUGUUCUCGAGGGCCAGCUUGCAAAGAAAGAGUCUGGGGGGUGGCUUGUAGGCGGCAGGUAUAGCAUUGCUGAUAUCAACGGCAAGUCAAUUCUUCUUUUGGCCGCAGUCUUCCCCUGGGUCCGCGUCCAUGCUUGGGCUGGAGUUGACAUUGAGCCCUUCCCGGCGGUCGCCAAAUGGCUCGAGGCGAUUGAGGCUCGUCCCGGUGUUUACGCCGGCUUGGGUGUGCCCACCAGGAGCGCGGUGAAGAGGACAAAGGAGGAGGAGGAAAAGCUCGCUGAGGAGGCCAAGAAAUGGAUCCACAAGAAGGACUAG